CCGGCCCCGACCCUGGCCUACCUAGCCUGCCCGGGAGCCAUGAGCCCCGGGCUGCUGCUGCUGCUCGGCAGCGCCGUCCUGGUCGCCUUCGGCCUCUGCUGCACCUUCGUGCACCGCGCUCGCAGCCGCUACGAGCACAUCCCCGGGCCGCCGCGGCCCAGUUUCCUUCUAGGACACCUCCCCUACUUUUGGAAAAAGGAUGAGGUUUGUGGCCGCGUGCUCCAAGAUGUGUUUUUGGAUUGGGCUAAGAAGUAUGGCCCCGUCGUGCGGGUCAACGUCUUCCACAAAACCUCUGUCAUUGUCACGAGCCCUGAAUCAGUCAAGAAGUUCCUGAUGUCCACCAAGUACAACAAGGACUCCAAGAUGUACCACGCAAUCCAGACUGUGUUUGGUGAGAGACUGUUUGGCCAAGGCUUGGUGUCCGAAUGUGACUAUGAGCGCUGGCAUAAACAGCGCAGGGUCAUGGACCUGGCCUUCAGCCGCAGCUCCUUGGUCAGCUUGAUGGAAACGUUCAACGAGAAAGCCGAGCAGCUGGUGGAGAUUCUGGAGGCCAAGGCAGAUGGGCAGACCCCGGUGUCCAUGCAGGACAUGCUGACCUGCACCACCAUGGACAUCCUGGCCAAGGCAGCUUUUGGGAUGGAGACAGGCAUGCUGCUGGGUGCCCAGAAGCCUCUGUCCCGGAAGGUGAAACUCAUCCUGGAGGGGAUUACUGCAUCGCGCAACACUCUGGCGACGUUUAUGCCAGGGAAGUGGAAGCAGGUCCGAGAGAUCCGGGAGAGCAUCCGCUUUCUGCGCCAGGUUGGCAAGGACUGGGUCCAGCGCCGCCGGGAGGCCCUGAAGAGGGGGGAGGACGUCCCUGCCGACAUCCUCACACAGAUCCUCAAAGCUGAAGAGGGGGCCCAGGACGAUGAGAUCCUGCUGGACAACUUCGUCACCUUCUUCAUUGCUGGCCAUGAGACCUCUGCCAAUCAUUUGGCAUUCACGGUGAUGGAGCUGUCCCGCCAGCCUGAGAUCUUGGCAAGGUACAGAAUGGGGAGACUUG